AUGGAAUCAGGUACUCGUACCGAAGCACCUAAGGAUGCGAAUAAUGAAAUCUCAGCUCGAUUAGACAAUUUGUUUGUAGAAGAGCCUUCUGAAAUUUCUAGUACAAACGAAAGCAUAUAUCCGGAAUUGAUACUUCAAGCCUCACCGCAAGGAAAUAGACUCUAUGCAUCGUUUCAAAGAUAUACAAAGCAAUUCGUGAACGAUGGUGAAAAUUCAAGUGGUGCAGUUCGGUGGCUAAACUCAGCUGUUGAUGAUACUCAAAAAAAAAUUGUUGAAGCAUGGUUGUCUGUAGAUAACAAUGGUGAUGCUACGAUGAUGGAAACACAUCCUUCCAAAAAUGGAUCUGAGCGAUAUAUGGGCGCUGCAAGUACCUUAUUCAGUUGGUCUUCAGGAGAUGCUUAUAUAGCAGCUAGAAAGAAGGAGCUAGAAAUGAGAAAUGGUACUAUACCGGUGGUCUCAGCUUCUGAUACCACUAAUGACAAUGAGGAAAUGGAAUCUAACAGACCGGAUGAUACUCAAAGUAUCGAUAAUAGCAUUCUGACAAAGAUAAAUAUCAAGGCAUCAAAGGAAUCAAUCACGAACAAGCUAAAUCGUAUCGUAGACAUCGAAUCAAACAAAUUUAUCCGAACAAGAAUACGAAUGAUAAAAGCACAUCACAGUGAACAAAUGUCUAAACAAAUUCACGAAAGAAGAAGAAGAGAUCACGAAAUACAAUUGAGUAAAUUAAGAUUGAAAGAAGAAGAAUAUGAAAAAACAUUGCAUCCUCAAAAUGAUCACUCUGCUAAUAAGCUGGCAGGGUUUUUCGGCAAUUUGUUUAAUUUCAAUACGUCGCAUACAAUAUCAGCAGGCAACUCUGUUGCUUCUGAUACAGAACCUACCAAGGUAUUAGCGUCAGAUGGGGAUGUCGGAUCUGUGCAUACGCCUGGGAAACGAUCCCCUCCGUCCUCCAAGAGUAAAAAAUUUUCAUUUUUGCCUGUUUCCGGUAUCAGCUUAUGGAACCAGAGUACUGCUGGGGGCUCAGAUGGAAAUAAAGAGCAGAAACUAAAACAUGUUUUAAAAAGAGAAAACGAAAAUGAAGAAACCGAGACGAUAUAUGAUGUAGAUGAUCCUGAAGGAAAAGCUCCUGAAAAAGACAAUAAUAUUUCUAGCAUUGAUUCUAAGAAGUCUGCUCCUACUAACAAACUUGAUUCUGAGUCAGAUAAUUCGAAGCCAAUCUUGAAUUCUACUUUUGGAGACCAAAAUGACUAUAUUCCAGGUCUGCCAGAUAAGGGGAAGAAAACACAAAUCCCUACGCAGUUUAAUGAUGAUGUAUCAAAUAAUGUCCAGGAAGGCAACCUUUUAGCAUUAUAG